CUGGGCCCAGCCCUCUGCAGGCAUUCACUCCAGGCUCUGGGUCGGGCUCCUCAGUAGCUGUUUUGUGCGGGCUGGGAUCAUGAAAAUGUGUGGUGUCAUCAGCGACAAAUGCACAUACAGGGGGCCCCAAUAGGCAUGCUGGCAUUUGGGGGGGCAGGAAACGAGCAGUGUGGUCCAACACAGGCGUGUGCACACACGUGCAGCUGGUCACACGUGUGCAUGCCCCAAGGGCAGAUUUCAGUUUGGGUGUUUGUUUUGGUUUCAGGGUGAUUUUUCUCUUGAACACUUUUUUCCCCUUCCUAUUGAACUUUUUUUUUUUGCAUUUUUAAAAAAACUUUGAAUAUACAAAAUAUAAGACUCUGAAAGUCCCUGCUGCGGAUAGCAGACAGUAGAUGGAUCCUGUGGCCAACAGCUGCAUGCGGAGCCCGCAACCCCCAGCUCCAGGCUGGGGCUGCCUUCGAAACCCCCACUCUGAAGGCAGUGGGACCUCAGGGAUACCCCACUACCCGCCAACCCCAUUCUCCUUCCACCAGAAGCCAGACUUCCCAGCAACGACAGCAGCAGCAGCAUACCCCGACUUCUCAGCCUCCUGCCUGGCAGCCGCCCCCCACAGCCUACCCCAGGAAGAGCACAUCUUCACUGAGCAGCAUCCUGCCUUCCCAUCCCCCCCUGAUUGGCACUUCCCCAUCUCAGAGGCCAGACGCAGGCCCAACCAGGGGUCACCUGGGUGCUCCAGGGAAAUGGGGCCCAGCAGCCCAGGCCUGGUCGAUACCAACGGAGGCCCGGGAGAGGACUACGAGGUCCCUGGGGGCACUGCCAAUGAGACAGAGAAGAAGUCAACCAGGAGGAAGAAGGAGAGUUCAAAUAACCAGGAGAACAGAGGGAAAUCAGAAGGCAGCAGCAAGGCCCGAAAGGAGAGGACAGCCUUCACCAAGGAGCAGCUUCGGGAGCUGGAGGCUGAGUUUGCUCAUCAUAACUACCUGACCCGCCUCAGAAGAUAUGAGAUUGCUGUCAAUCUGGACCUCUCUGAGCGCCAGGUCAAAGUGUGGUUCCAGAACAGAAGGAUGAAGUGGAAGCGUGUGAAAGGAGGUCAGCCUAUUUCCCCUCAUGGACAUGACCCCGAGGAUGGGGACUCUGCAGCCUCUCCAAGUUCUGAGUGAGAUUAUCUAAGGAGAAAGAAAAAGAAGAAAAAAAAAAAACAACAGACUGAAGACUGAACCCCCUUUGCAGGUAUCCCCACCCCACCCCACCUCCAUGCUUAAUUCCACCUUCUACCACUUGCCUCAACCUCUGCACACUUUGCUGUGAUAUGGAAUUGAUGAUCAUUCAUGCCCAGCACUGCUGUCUGAGCAGCCCCACCUCCCAGGACCUUCACUUCCUGCAAAGUCAUGACAGCCCAGUGGGAACAGCUCCAGGGACAGUGCUUCUCAGGAGUUCCUGGCUGCCACCCACACCUUUGCCACCUUCCUCCUACAGCAGCCAGGCCUCCUCUGGGUCUGAACACCCCCUGAUCUGGCAGAAGAGGUAUAUUGGAGCCAGGUAGUGACUUGUGAAAGCAGAAUGCUGGCAGAGGGGUCAGGGAAGAGGAAAUCACUGAGACACACGCCCUACAGCACUCUUUCCAGUUUCUGUUUUGAGUCUGUCUGAGGCUCUGGGGACUCUGUUGUUCUGAAAUUCCAGAGAAUCAGUGCAAGGAGGGUGGAGGACAGAAAGUCAGCCACCAUAAAUUAGAAAUCAGCCCCUGCUUUGAAACUUGAGGGCUGUGGAGACCAGGUGGUGGCACACCUGGUUAAGCACACACAUUACAGUGUGCAAGGACCUGGCUUCAAGCCCCAGUCCCCAUUAGCAGAGCGAAAGCUUCACAAGCAGUGAAGUGGUGCUACAAGUGUCUCUCUGUCUCUGUCCUUCUCUAUCUUCCCCCUUGCCUCUCAAUUUCUCUCUGUUUCUAUCCAAUAAGUAAGUAAAUUUAAAACAAAGAAAUUUGAGGGCUGUUAAGUGAGUAGGUUUGUGAGCACUGUCUGGAGAAGACAGUCAGAAAAACAGUUCAAUGUGGCUAUCUGUGGUCUCUAUAUAGACCAUCAUACUGACUUGUCAGAGUAACUGAGAAUGGACCCAAGACAGUACCUGCUUCUUAAAAUCAGUUCAGGGCUACAACGAUGAAGCAACACCAUAGAGCAAAAGAACAUCUUCUUCUACAUCCACACUUUCUAGAUUGAACAAUCAUCCAGAUAUUGCUAUUGUUGAAAGGAUGGAGGGCUGACUCUUGGGCUGCUGGUGAAGAUCUGGAAGUAUGCUGUGCUGGAGCAGAAGACUCACAAUCACACUGCUCUCAAAGGGUUCUGACUACAGCUGGGAACAAGAAAACAGUCCUUAUUUCUCUACCACGUCCUUCUGAGCCCCUCCCAUGUUGUCCACAAAAGCUGUUAUUAUGGAAAGAAUUGUUGAUUGGCGGGGGGGGGGGGGGGGGGGGCUGCCUAAAUAUCCCAGGUGACACUCCAGGACUGACCCAAAUAUCCUAUAGGGACAGAAUUCCCUGGAGAGCAAGUCCUUUGCCCCCCUCAAGUACUCCUGGGGUCCUAAUACCAGCCGGUGAUGCAGAUCAGCAAAAAUUUGUAACCCUUGUGUGUGGACUGAAUCAUUUCCAUAUGAAAAGAACCCACCCCUAUCCCAAAAGGAAAAACGCUGUAGAAAGUGAUGGCCAAAAGAGAUGGCUGGGGAGAGCGUUAUAAUUUUUUUUUCUAACGUAUACUUUAUAUAUUUUCUUAAGAUCACAUCAAGUUAACUGGGAAAGAGCCAGUCACUUAGCAAAUAAAACUCUUGGAAAAAUAAAGCCAAUAGAAAAGCAAA